UACUACUAUUACUUAUCGGUAAAGUCACAUUAUGACAUCAUUGUAUUCUAAGAAAAUGUCACUCGACAUAUAAAUAUUUACAAUGAAUUUAUUUCAUUAAUACGCGUUUUAAAACAUACGAAAUACAUAUACAUAUGUAAUAAUUUUAUAUAAAACAACAUGAAUGCGGACGAUCAAUUGCCAAAUAUCGAGAAAAUAUUUAAGAAUGAAGAUGAAGAUUUUGUACCUGGAGCCGGAUCUAACUUAGCUGCUAUUUUUGGAAAUUAUACAAAAGAUCAAGAUAUAUCCUGUGUAAUAAAACAGCCAGGCCAAAAAAAAUCUAGUAACAAGCGUAACAGUUUAUCGACUCCUUCCUCUACUAAAACAGAAGUUAUUAUUGCGAAAGCUAUUCAUGCUUAUAAAUUGCAAAAUGGACAAUAUAUUUCUAUUGGUAAACUUGGAAUAGCGUUAACAGGGAAUGUUUCUGCUAGAAUAUAUCAAAUAAUUUUAUAUAAAACCAAACAAGAAUAUGUUUCAAUAGUUACCAUAACAAGGAAGUUUACAUAUACCGUUCAAAUUAAUAAUUAUUCUACUUAUUAUGAUGACAAUAAUGAAAAUUGGUCGAUCUUAUUUGAAAGUAAUGAUGCUUGUAUCGAAUUUGCAAGAGAAAUAGGUAUAGCUAAAUAUUUUUCAAAGGAAGACAAAAUAGAUAAUGUAAUCUAUCAAGAUUUAACAGCUGUUACUAAAGAAAAAGUUACAAAAGAAGGAUCCAGUGUAUCUAUGAAAUAUUUUAUUAGUACAGAUAUUGUGCAGCCAUGUAAAAUAAAUUAUUCGUCGUUACAAACAAUGACGGUAAAUAUAUCAAUGGACGAUAGUUGGGAAAAAACUCUUGUAGGAAUUAGUAAAGAAUUAAAAAGGAUUUUAUUUUUACCUCCUAGUAAACAGAUCAGUUUAGGUCCAGGUUUUCCAAAAGACAAAGAUAUUUUGAUGGAGAUAGAAGUAACGAAUAUACAAGACUCAGAAGAACAAUACUCUUUGUCUAAACCUACAGUUUCUGGCAAAGCUUCAUUGCUGUCAAGAAUGGCUAAAAUGGGUCAAUCGAUUCUUCCAAAGAUGCAGACAUCGACAACUACAGAUUCUGAAGAUACAGAGGAUGACUCACCACAAAAAUCACCACGACAGAAAAAGAUAGAAUCAUUAGAAGUGUCAUUACAAAAAAAACAUAUGACACAGGAAACAUCUGGGAGUAUAACACAAAGUACUUGCAAAGUAACGAAAUCGAAAAAUAACGUGCCUUCGACAAACCCCAUUAUCUCUAAACCAUUAAUUCCUAGUGCCGCGUUUACAUCUCCAUGGCCUGCUUCACAACUACAAUCAAAUUAUAUAACAUCAAAUGGUCAAAUGUAUUCCUUACAACCACAGCCUGUAACUCAAGCUGUAUCUACCGUAAUUGAUCCAAGUUUAAAUAUGCUUUUGUCAGAAACUAGAAUGGCAAAUGCCGAGCUCAGAAUGGGAAUGUCCAAAAUAGCUGAUAAUGUACAAAAAGUACUUGAUAAGUUUCAUAUUUUGGAAUUACAAAAUGCAUCUUCAACGAAAGAUGCAACAAUGGAAGAUACCUUGAAAUUAUUAUUAACUAUGAAUACAUCACAAAGUGGUGCUAAAAACAAAGAAUUAUUAAACACAACAGAUGUCGAAAAAGAUGUUUGUUGUGAACAUUUAUCUGAUCUAUCCAAAAUAAGAAAAGAAAUUGUUGAAUUAGAAAAUGAAGUAAAAUAUUUAAAGGAGUCAUUAUCGAAAAGUGUAGAAUUUGCUAAGACAUUAGAGGAAGAGAAAGUAUCUUUAUCCAGUAUUAAUAAAGAAUUAAAUGAUAAAAUUAAAGUUCUUGAAAUAUCAUUGAGUAAUAAAAAUGAUGAAUUAAUUGCAAAAUUGGAAGAUAUAGAAAAGUACAAAAAGUCCCAAAACGAAUAUGAAAGAGACAAUGCAGAAUUGAAAAAUAAAAUUUCAGAACUUGCUGCAAAAGUUGAUAGUGCUAUGACAGGAAUUAAUAUGAAAGAAAACAAAAAUAAAGAAAUCAAGUAUAUUAUGAACAAGACUUAUCUUACUUUAAUGGAAACAUUUACGAAUGAUUCAUAUAGCAGUGAACAUAUAAAAGCAGUUGUAGCCAAUACAAUAAAGAACAUUACAUUGCAAGUUUUACAAGAGGUUCCUGAAAGAAAUAUAAUAGAAACAGGAACGGAAUUAAGAAAGGCCUUGAAAAAUAUCCAGGAUAACGAUGAACAAUCAAGCAAAUUUUUAAAUAAUCCAAAUUCGGUUAUACCAGCCGAACAAAAUGAACCACCACCUAUCCCGCCAAUGGACAAAGAAUUGGACAAUGCUAUCUAUUAACGCAACGAUAACACUGUAAUUAUCUCUCUAUGGAUCAUUCCAUAUAAAUAAAUGAUAUUUUUAAAUUUA